AUGCUCAGAACGCGGCCUAUAAACGAGAGCGAGCUCGACAGGCGGCGCGAAAAGGACCUGAGCGAGUUCAAUUUCCCGAAACUCUUCAGCAGGCAGGUUGAUUACGCCAAGGUCGACCGGCCUGCGCUCGAGUCGUACAUCGAGCAGAAGACGAAUGAACUCGUUCCUGACGACGACAUAAUUGUCGAGUUCAUCUACAACCUCGUGUUUGAGGAGAAAAUAGGCCCGAAAGAUCUGUGUCUGCAGUUGAAGCCGAUGCUGGACGAGAAAACACUGGACUUUGUCCACGAGCUGUGGAAAAAAAUGAUCGAGAGCGAGCAGGAGAAGAAAGACACCUACAGGGAACGAGACGGGCGCAGAGCACAACGCGUGCACGACGAUCGGAACGAGGAUCGACAGCGGAAACUCCAUGGUAAAAGCAAGUCCUUCAAACGGGCUAAAUACAAAAGGUCCUAUCGCAAGUAG